AUGACCAGGACAUCAACUCCUCCUCCUCCUCCACCCACCGAAACCAACAACCCAGACCACUUGCCUCCUUCCCUGCCCAACUCUCCGCUCCCCAAACGUCUCAAGUCUGACACUACGUCCACGAUGUCUUCAACAACCGCAAACGGCACCACCGCCGUGCCCAAGCUCUCGUCCACGUCCCAGCCGCCCCUCCUGAUCAAGAAGCUGUCCGCCGACGCUUCCACUCCGACACGCGGCUCGGCCUUUGCCGCCGGAUACGACCUUUACGCCGCGAAACCCACGACGAUCCCGGCGCGGGGCAAGGCGCUCGUCUCGACGGACCUCUCGAUCGCCACGCCCGAGGGCACGUACGGCCGCAUCGCGCCGCGCUCGGGCCUGGCCGCGAAGCACUUCAUCGACACGGGCGCGGGCGUCAUCGACGCCGACUACCGCGGCGAGGUCAAGGUGCUGCUGUUCAACCACGGCGAGGCCGACUUCCCUGUCAACAAGGGCGACCGCAUCGCUCAGCUGGUCUUGGAGCGCAUAUACACGCCGGAAAUCGUCGAGGUCGAGGAUCUCGAGGAGAGCGUGCGCGGCGCAGGCGGCUUUGGAAGUACCGGCUGA